GAAAAUUGAUCUAAAGAUGACAACAUUCAAUGGUGGUUAUAAACUGGUCAACAGGCUGACAAUGCACGACUUGAAAGCAGUCCAGGAUGCUUUCAUGAUAAACCAAUCAGGCCACGAACGUGAACUCAGCCUGGAUGUGAAUCAGUUCUGUGAAAUUCUCUCCAUUGUGCUCAACAAAGGUUCAAGAGAAGAAUAUGAAGAUCUGUUUAACAAAGUUGAUGUGGGAAAGGAAGGUUAUGUUGACUGGGACAAAUUUUGCUCUCAUAUGCUGCUAGAAUACUAUGAAAAAGAUGAUAGGAUGAAAACUACUCAGGUUCCUCAAUGGCGAGAACUCAGGAAUAUUACAAGUCCUCACAAGGAACCCGUUAUUAGAAUAUCUCCAUUGAUGAAUCCAUCAAGAUACAUUGUAGUUAGUAAGAUUUAUGGCCCAUGUGCUUCAUGCUUGGGCCCUAUAUCCGUGUGGAAGAAGCUUGGUCUGUAAGUUACAGUAGGAACCUUGAACCUGAUUAAUAGGAGG